AUGCCUCCCAGACCAAGACCACCCCCUGGACCACCCCGUCCACCUUGGCCUACGCCCCCUCCCUCUCCAGCGAACGCGGAUACCAUCGCAGAUCUUCCCCAUGCUUCAAAGCUUCGGUAUCCUCUUCACACGUCCGCCAAAAGCCUUAUCGAUCUUGUCUUGGACCAAUCUAGCGACCUCACCACUCUUCUCCAGAUCCGCGAACGGCGCAUGGUCAUUCUCGUCACGUCCAACAUCUUUGAUGCCAGCGUUAUCGACCAUGCACUUUUGAGCCUUAAGUGGGAGGGCGUUGUAGAGGGUGCAGAGGAGAUUUGA